CACCCCUGGCCCCCUUGAAUGUGUCUCAAAUCAACACAUGACCAGACAACAAGAAUUCAUCUGUGGCCUCUCGCACAAGGUGACCAUAGCAGUCCUCCCCAGACUGAACAUGGAGGAGCUGAUGUUUGAACUCAACAGAAGGAUUGGAAACCUGGACCAAGAGGACAGCAUCAAGGACAGACUGGUCAGUAUCCUUAGGGACGUGAUGUUGGAGGAAUACCGUCAGUUAGAAAGGAAGGCGGAAAUAAGUAUGCCUGGAAAAGAACAGGAGACAAUAAUCAUUCAAAGGGAUAUUUCAAUGGCAUAUGCAGAAAUGACAUCAACUCCUGACGCCUCACAGCAAAGUUCUGGUCUAGACCUUGUGAACAGCAAGGAAAACAACGAUACCAGCAAUGAAGUGUUCACGCAUACAAGGGAGCUCGCGCUAAAUGCAGUUCAGGCACAGCUGACAGCUACGAUCCCUCCAUCUAAUACCACCCUGACACAGAUGAAUACCACAGUAGAGUGCAUUAAAAGAGAAGAUGAUGCUAUGGCAACUGAGGAUGGUGCAGGUAGAGGCUAUCAUGAUGAGCUUAACAUGGACACUCUUACUUUUAGCACACAAGUCCUUGAUGCAGUUAACUCAACAAGUAAUACUUACACAGAGAAGCCUGUGGAAGAUGAUAAACCCUGUCAGGAAACAGCCGUUGCCUCCGCCUUAUGUGAACCGACGUCAGACCACACUGAAAGACAUACAUGUAUAAAGACGGAAUGCCAUGAGCCCGAGGAUGAUUACAUUUCUCUACCAUCCAACUGGAAUCAGAAUGAAUGUUAUACUGAUGACAGAGAUACUGCUUUGAUUAACGGUGAGCAUGAAGACAGUCCAAAAGUGAAUAUUGAAGAGACUCCUUCCACUUCUUGUAAACUGACACCAGACCGGGCUUGUAAGAACAGGGUGUCUCUUCUUUCUGAUAAGAACUCUGGAAUUAAUUGCAAAGGGCACGUGCGUGACAUCCGUGGAUUUAAUACAUCGAAUGCACACAAUAUCUCCAAGCCUAAUAGGCAAUGUUACAAAGCAGAAGAAAAGCCUUUCAUGUGUGGUGAAUGUGGUUAUAGGGCAUCAAAUAAGACCAGACUUGUCGAACACAUGAGGACACACACUGGCGAGAAACUGUUCAAGUGCAACCAAUGUCAUUAUCAGGCGUCACUUAAAAGUUCGCUUGUCAAGCAUAUGAAAAAACACAGUGACGAGGAACCUUACUGCUGUGACAUUUGUGAGUACAAGACCUACAACUGGUCACACAUUAAGAGACAUAUGAAGUACCACGCUGGUGUGAGACCCUACAAAUGCGAGCAAUGUGAGUACAGCGCUGUUGAUAAGAGCGAUCUUACAAAACACAGGAGGCGUCACACCGGUGAGAGACCCUACAGUUGUCAAGUUUGUGACUACAAGGCAAGUCAAAGGGGCAGCCUUGUCUGGCAUAUGAAAACCAGGCACCAAUGUAAAUAAAACGUCGCGAUCAUUUCGUGCAUCAGUGAUUAAUGGAAAACUAAGUAUACAAUUGCCCGUAAUACUUUGUUCCUGAGCUCGAGAAAGUUUGUAUAACAUGAAUUUUGAGUUGACCUGUAAUGAUUUUGUUUUCGUAUGUAUUUACAACAGCUACAGGAAAGUAAAAGUACAACAAUGUAAACAACCAUUUACUGUAGAUGGGAAGUAUUCUUGUAUUGAAUUUUGUUGAUAUUAGUAUUACAAACUGCAUGUUUCAACAAGUGCCUACUGCAAUAAAGCUGAACUUUGGCAAAGCUUCUGUA